AAAUAUUUAUCAAAAGGCAAUGAAUUCAUUUUAACUUUUUUUUUACGGUACAUUGAAAAAGGAAGGGAGUUAAUAAAAGCUAACAUAUGUUUCCGAGGGACUUCCCAGACGCGUUCAAAUUUUUGUUUAAAAGUCAGCUACAUUUCAUAAUUCUUAUUUAAUUAUACAUUUAACCACGAGCUAAAAGGAUCUCGAAUAUCAUGGAAUUGAAAAAAUUUUUAACUCUUAUAAUUUACAUUUUGAUUUUAUUCGUAUUAAUCGAAAAUAUAUUCACAUUACCAAUUUCCUGUAUCAACUUUGAAAAUAAAACUGAUAUAGAGAUUCCUAAUAUCGUGAGCAGAAAGGAAUGGCAAGCUAGACCACCGGUUGCCCGAGAAUUGAUGGACGAAACGCCAAAACCUUAUGUAGUCGUUCAUCACGGAGGGAUAAUUCAAUACUGUUACGAUGUGAAAACGUGCUCAGCGAUCGUGAGAGAAUAUCAAAACAUGCAUUUGGACGAACGAGGCUUUUACGACAUUGGUUACAGUUUCGUUAUAGGCGAAGAUGGAAACGCUUACGAAGGUCGAGGCUGGGAUUACGUUGGAGCGCACGCACCUGGUUAUAACACGCAGAGCAUUGGAAUAUGUAUCAUCGGUGAUUUCAGUAAUAGACUUCCCAACAAUGCAGCUCUGAAGACAUUAAAAGGUUUGAUCAAAUAUGGAGUGUCCCUUGGCAAAAUCAGUCAAGAUUACCAUAUUAUAGGACAUCGACAAACUAAAAAUACUCUUUGUCCAGGCGACAAAUUGUACGAAUACAUUCAAAAGUUUGCACAAUGGACGGUUAAUCCAGUACCAAAAAAUUCAACAACAUCUUGAUCAUAUAAACUAUUGUUGGAUGAAUGAAAAUAUCGAUGAAGCUUAACAUUUUACAAUAUAUAUAUAUAUUUAUAUAGAUAAUAGAUAAUAUUUUGAAAUAUAGUUAUGAAAAAUAGUUAUAAUAAUUAAAAUUAAUCAAUUAAUUAAUUAAAAAAUUAAUUAAAUUAAAUAAGUAUAAAAAUUAAAAAAUGGUCAUUACGUUAAGGAAAUUUACAGUUUUUAUAUUACAUUUUAUAAUACAGUUUUAUUGUAUUGAUAAAAAAAUGUAAUUAGCGAUAAUUAAAUAUAAAGAUUAAUUGCAAUUUA